UCUCUUUUCCUCCUCCGCGGCUCCCGAAGCGAAACACCAGAAGAAGAAUCUCCCACAAUGGAUUUACUGCAAUCACGAUCCUAUUGUGAAUGAAUGAUUAGAUCUUUUUUUUUUCUUUUUCUUCAUCUUCUUUUUUCCGCGGAUGCUCAUUAGUUUCGCGGGUCGAGAUGAUGGCAUCAAUAGGGGAAUUCGAUCCUCUCAACACCAGAGUCCCUGCAACUAAAAUAGAAGUUACCGUUUCGUGCCGGAGUCUGCUGGAUGUGGAUACGUUCUCCAAGUCAGAUCCUGUGGUCGUGUUGUAUUUGCAGGGUGUUGGAACCAAAGAAUGGAGGGAGUUUGGCAGGACAGAAGUAAUCGAUAACACUCGGAAUCCAGAUUUCGUCAGGAAGUUCGUCCUGGAUUUCUUUUUUGAGGAAAAACAAAAUCUAAGGUUUGAUGUGUACAAUGUGGAUUCCAGAAGCUGCAACAUUUCCAAACACAAGGAUUUUCUGGGCCAGACGUUCUGUACCCUUGGAGAAAUCAUCGGCUCCACAGGAGGACGGCUCGAGAGAACUCUCUCUGGGAUUCCAGGGAAGAAGUGUGGAGUCAUUAUCUUUACCGCUGAGGAGCUCAGUAACUGCAGGGAUAUUGCUACCAUGCAGUUGUGUGCCAACAAGCUGGACAAAAAAGACUUUUUUGGCAAGUCGGACCCCUUCUUGGUUUUCUACCGGAGUAACGAGGAUGGAACGUUCACCAUCUGCCACAAGACGGAGGUGAUCAAGAACACACUGAACCCGGUGUGGCAGCCCUUCACCAUCCCUGUUCGAGCUCUCUGCAAUGGCGACUUUGACAGGACUGUGAAGGUAGAUGUCUAUGACUGGGAUCGAGAUGGAAGCCAUGACUUCAUUGGCGAGUUCACCACCAGCUACAGAGAGCUGUCUCGAGGGCAGAACCAGUUCAAUGUCUACGAGGUUUUAAAUCCGAAAAAAGGCAAAAAGAAGAAAUACAUCAAUUCUGGAACUGUAACUCUGCUGUCCUUCAAAGUGGAAUCCGAGUAUACCUUUGUGGAUUUCAUCCGAGGAGGAACACAACUGAACUUCACGGUGGCUAUUGACUUCACAGCGUCGAAUGGCAACCCCUCCCAGCCCACCUCCCUCCACUAUAUGAGUCCCUACCAGAUGAAUGCAUAUGCCAUGGCCCUGAAAGCAGUGGGUGAGAUUAUCCAGGACUACGACAGUGACAAGCUCUUUCCUGCCUACGGUUUCGGAGCUAAGCUGCCCCCUGAUGGCAAAAUCUCCCACGGUUUCCCACUGAGUGGUGAUGCUGAGAAUCCAAACUGUGUGGGCAUAGAGGGAGUUCUGGAGGCAUAUUUCCAGAGCCUGAGGACAGUGCAGCUGUAUGGACCCACCAACUUUGCACCUGUCAUCAACAAAGUGGCAAACUGUGCAGCAGAGAUUACAGAUGGCUCUCAGUACUUUGUGCUGCUGAUGAUCACAGAUGGAGUGAUAUCUGACAUGGUCCAGACCAAAGAGGCUGUGGUCAAUGCCUCAUCGCUCCCCCUGUCCAUAAUCAUCGUAGGUGUUGGACCUGCUGAGUUUGAUGCUAUGGAGGAGCUGGAUGGAGACGAGGUGAGAGUGUCCUCCAGAGGACGGCUUGCGGAGAGAGACAUUGUACAGUUUGUUCCAUUCAGAGACUACGUUGACAGAUCUGGUAACCAGGUACUGAGCAUGGCUCGGCUGGCUAAGGACGUCCUGGCCGAGAUCCCCGACCAGCUGCUGUCUUUCAUGAAGAGCCGAGGAGUUGAACCGCGACCGGCACUCUCCAACUCACCGCUACCGGAGCUACAUCGGCAUAUCUGACUCCGACACUCGUCUCUGCCUCUCCACCCUGACUCUCUCUUCCCGUCUCCGCUUAUCUACACUCACCUCUCAUACAGUCAUUUGUCACUUUAAAAGGAGCGGAAGGAUUGACCCGUGACCUGCCCUCUUCCUGUCUUAUCACCGGUGAAGCCAAAGUGGGGCGCACCAAUGCAGCGGAAGCUCAUUCUUGACUCACCCACUGCUGUUCUUCAUCUUCUCUUCUCUAACUCACCCUGUUACAUAGCAUUACUUUACAGAGCAGUAAGUCUGCGCCACAACUGCCCCUCAUGCUCCCCAAUGACAAUCACUCAAAGCUUGACAUUUCGGAUUUAUCUAUUAAUUCCCCUCCAGAGGCACUUUUUAAGCAGAGUUUUUUCGCGUGUCCUUGUCUUUGCCAAGUCUUGACAGCAGUCGCAUUUGGCAGGAGUGCAAGGAAGUGCUAGACACUAAAUUAAACUGAAGCUCGUCCCUAAAUGAAAGCAGAGCGCUUGAUGAGCAAUCGAUGCCAGCUUGCAUCAGGUGCUCUGUGGGUAUUUUUGGCCCGUGCUCUGACUGUAACACAUUAGAGUUACUGGUCGUUGUGAGGACAGGUGUUGUGAGGACAGGUGUUUGUGAUUUAUUCCUUACCAUCGUCGUUAUCGUCAAGUAGUUACAAAUCUAUUGAAACUGAAUUAGAAGCUGGCAAAGAAUAUGUUCCAUCCGGAGGUUUUUGAACUGUGAGGCGCGCCGUCCCAGGGGUUGAAGGAGAGUUGAAGGGUGGGGGUGGGGGUGUAGAGGGACAGAAGUAACAAUCUGAGUAGUUUGGUGUGUUGAUUUGUUCCACUUAUCGCAACUGUCAAUAGUUAGAGCUGCAACAGUGGAUGUGACAUGCAGCUCAUGAUGUCAAUUUGGGUAUUCUAAUGCCGGUUUGUGGCAAUUUCCGUCAGACAUUUUAUUCCUACUGCAGUCAAGAAUCACUUAAACUCAAAGACAUGAUGUAUAUAUUUUAGAUUCAAUUCAACUUUCAAUGUCAGGUGAUAUCACUAUCUCUGUGUCCACCAUGUGUAAACGCCAAUGAAUUUGAAAUGAAAUCAUAAAGUCAAGACACUGAAUUCAACCAACCAUAAGAAUGUAGAAGUUUGAACUAAAACUAUGGAAGCCCUGAGAGCAAAUGUGAUUACGUUACCUUCUUUUGGCUUGGUUUGAUCUAAAAAGUUUUAGAAAGAUCAUUUGAAACAAAAAGUUUUGCCAUAAUACUUUUAUUCCUUAUUUUUUAAAGAUUUGAAACUUGAAAACAUUAUUUCUGUUCAUAAUUUUCUUUUUUUUGUCCAGUUUAUUUUCAGUCUCUGUUGCUGUAAUACUCAUUUCAACCACAAGGGGUUGAAGUGACAUUCUGGACCCUAACCUUAACCCUAAAUGCUUUUGUUCACUAUACUCUAUCCAAUUUGACUAAAUAGCAGUCUCAAUAAAAUUUCGAAUAAAUGUAGACGUAAACUAAAACAAUUUGUGAGAAAAUAAACUCCCUAAAACCCUUAUUGACAAUUCUGUUUUGUUAUAUUGGAAUGUCAUCUUAAUGAAGAGCCUGUGUUUUAGGUAUUCUCCAGUAGCAAAGUGGUCCGUUAUCAUUUUCUGUAAAUUCGUGACUACUUUGUAAACAGGAAGUGCUAAUAUGUGAUUCAUUAUUCUCAAAGUGAUCUCCAAAAUGUGAACAAAUCAAGUGCAAAAAAUAGGACUCAAGGUGCAACACUCUGAACAUUGACUCCUUGACGACAUCAUACUUCUUGUUUACAGCCCCCGUAAUUAUAGGAACCUAGUGCCAAAAUUAGAUUCGGGCUUUCCCCGAAUGACAGUCCAUCAAAGACUAAUAACAGGACUGACAAAAUCCAUUAAUAUUGUAGGAGUGGGGGGUGCAGUUUAUUCUGUUUGAGGGGGCCACAGUGUCCGACUUUGAAACCCCCCAGAUUAAUCCGACCAGAUGAAUUAGUGACGAGAGGAAUAUUGGGAUGUGGAAGUCACACAGAGGGUAGCACACAAGUGUUUGCAGGCAUAGUGUUGGGGUUCCGGUCACGUGUUAAUUAUCACAAACUGCUUAGACAAACACACACACCCCCCACCCCCCAUUUCUCUUUGCCCAGCGUGGGCUGAGGCUGGGUGCAGAUUCCCCCCCUGCUGUUAGAGAAAUGCCAUCUCUCCGACUGCCCUGCAGAGAGGAGGAGGAGGAAGGAAGGAAGGAAGGGACAGGGAGGAGUUGGGGGUAAAGGGAAGAGAGAUGGAGGUGUCAGAUACUGAGUGAUGAAUGGAAAGGAAAGAGAAAUGGGCCAUAAGGGUGAGGAGCCAUUUACUGACAAAGGGGAAGAGAAUCAAGAGAUUAGUCUGAUCCCAGCAGGGGAAGAUAAAUGGGAGAAACAGAUGGUGGCAGAUGAGGAAAAAGGAUUGUUACUUCGAGUUUCUCCGAAGUCUACUUUUUCUUUGUGAAUACAUGUUAAUCAAUGCUAAAUGCACAUUCUCCGAAAAAGCAAUAUACCUGAUCCCAGUGUAAUGUUUCCCUCUGCAUGUCCCUCCCUCUCCCCUGCCAUGACUUGACAUUUUAUUCCCAGGCAGACUAGAGCUGUAUUCCAAUGGGCAAAGUCUGCCACCUAGUGUUCAUCACAUGUACAGCAGGGUAUCUUUAUUAUGCAUGACUACUGUACAUUCCUAUACUAACCCACACAGUACAGACCUGAUGCAACUGUCCUUAUUGAUAUAGUUGACGGUAUUUGCAGUGAAUUCAAGCGUUGUAAAGAACUACAAACAAAUGUUCUCAAGUAAAAUGUGAUGUCACUUUUUUGAAGACUGUCAGUGUGAUGGUGGUGGCUUAGAGGAGUGUUAAUGCUGUUCCAUGUGUUGUGUAUUGGUUUUUAUAAAUUUGUACAAUCAUUAGGGUUGACAGUUAAACGUUUUUGCAUGUUGAAAAACGCCUUACUGUGUUCAAGUAGUUGUUGUCAUUGCAACUGAUUGUUGAAAAAAAAGGAAAAGAGAAGUAUGUCUCAAAAUAAUAUGCAUUUCUUUUGUGUCACUGUACAUUGUCAUUUGUAGAUUUCACAACUUGUGUGCAGCAUCUUGCAGAAAAUAAUCAGUAAGUGGAUCGUCACUGAGAGAAAUGUAUUUUUGAUAUUUUGAAAUGAUAAGGAAAACUCCCAGCGUCACACAGUAAUAAACAAGUAAGGUCUCUGCAAGUCACUAAUGGUAUCAAAGAGUAUUCCGAUGGCACUUUUUUGUCCGUCUCUUAUCUUUGUCUUAUGGCUCUAUAUGUGUAUAUGCCGCCCAUAGUGUUUAAGCAAGGAUCAUAUUAAUUGUAUAUACGGUACAGUACAUGAUAUGUUUUCCACUUGUUUGCUUACAGUAGAGUUAGGAAAUCCUUUUACAUGUGUGUAUCUAAUAAUAAAUCUAUAUUGUAUGUUGACGUUUUUAUGAAUGUCCAAUAAAUAAGAAUGUAGAAGUUUAAA